AUGCCUCUCAAAGCCACCGAUUCCAAUUCCACCUUGGCCAGCCAAGGCAGCGGGGAGAAAGUCGUCGUCCAAGACAUGCGAGGCCCCAACUCCGGCCCACGCAGAACCCAAGCGCCCGUCAUCGUCCACAACCAGGGCGGCCAAAUCUACGACGAAACAAGACCUUCCGACUGGGACAAGCAGCGAUGGAAGUAA